CGUCGCUGUCCCAACUUUAGUAUGCCCAAGGGGUAAGCUAAUUACAUCUUUUCAAAAAAGUUGGCGCAGGAUGAUCACUCAUGUUUUGAUUUCUUUCGUCAUAUGCAAUACAUUAGUAAACAAAAAGAAAUAUGAUUCAAUCUUUUUUCCCCUUUUUUCUCUUUCUCUUGUUUUCUCCCCUCAUCGAACCUGCAUUUUUUAAUCUCCUUUGUGUUGUAAUGAUAUCUGUUAUUAAAGCACCCAUCACUGAUCAGAAAUUCCUAAUUUUGGAUGCUCCCACGUCUGAUACACUUCCCAAAUACAUUGAUGUUUUGCGCAAAGAGAAUGUUGCCCACCUCGUGCGAAUAUGUCAUCGCCAAACUCAUGACGGUCGAACCCACGAAUACGAUGCGGACGAUUUGCACAAAGAGACUGGGAUACAGGUGAUUGACGAUAUUAAAUUCGAAGACGGCGGUGUGCCUAGCCCCGAAGCUGUUCAACGUUGGCUGCACCUGGCAGAAGACGCACGGCGACAUGGUACGACUUUGGGUGUGCAUUGUGUUGCUGGAAUUGGAAGAGCGCCUGUGAUGGUAACUCUUUCUUUGGUGGAAAGUGGAAUGGAUCCUUUGGAUGCUAUUCUGUACAUUCGACAGCACAGGAGAGGAGCUCUCAAUAAGACGCAGCUGCGGUUUAUUGAAGCAUACAAUGCGAGAUCGAGUCGAAGAAAGUCAUGGCUCGGUUGGCUCAGAAAAACCACAAAGGCAAAACGAAAAAGAGAAGAAAAAAAAAUUUAGAAACACAACCAUUUGUCGUG